AUGCAGAACGAAAAAUUGAUAGAAAUAGUGAGGCAUUAUACUUUUGUGUAUAAUCAGGAAGAAAAAAAUUAUAGUGACAACUACAAAAAGGAUGCUGCCUGGAAGGAGAUAGGAGAAAUUUUAAAUCAACCAGCUAAUGAAUGCAAAAAACAUUGGAACAAUUUACGAGAUUGUUAUCGCAGAUCAUUAAAAAGGAAAAAUGAUACAAAAAGUGGACAAGCCGCAAAUAAGGUAAAGAAGUGGAAAUAUGAAGACGAAAUGUCAUUUUUGACAAAGUAUAUGAAGGAACGAGAAACCGUUACAUCAAUACAAAUCAAUGUCAGUGAGGAAUCAAACCAAGAUGUAGAUGACACAACCACAAUAGAAGACAAUAGCAAUUUCAUAGAAACACCAGCACCUUCUCAAGCUAGCCAUACAUCAACACAAUUCCGCAAAAAAAAAAGAAAAAGAACGGGAACAGCCUCAGACAGUUUAAUGAAUUAUAUUUUAAAUAAUACUAAAGAAGAAAAAGCUAUGGACGAAAUAGAUUUAUUUUUCAAAAGUACAGCUUUAACUGUAAAAGAACUAACUCCAUACAAUCAGAUAAUUGCCAAAACCCGCAUUUCUUCUAUAAUUAGUGAAUUACAAUUACAAGAGCUUUCAAAUAUAAAUUGCCAUCAUUUUUCAUCACAGUCAUUAAGUUCAACACCCACACCAUCACCAUGUACAAUAGAACCAUUACAACCAACUCAUCCACAAAAACCAAACACGAUAUGUACUGCGUCAAAUUUUUAUACAAACAUUUAA